UGGGGCUAAUGUUGGUUUCUGAUCUUCAAUGCAGGCCAGUGAUAGAUUCAACAUCAAUUCCCAGCUUGAGCACCUUCAGGCUAAAUAUGUGGGAACUGGGCAUGCUGACUUAAAUAGAUUUGAAUGGGCUGUGAACAUUCAGCGUGAUAGCUAUGCAUCAUAUGUUGGACAUUAUCCCAUUCUAGCUUACUUCGCUAUAGCAGAAAAUGAAUCCAUUGGAAGGGAACGCUACAACUUUAUGCAGAAAAUGCUAUUACCUUGCGGCCUUCCUCCAGAAAGAGAAGAUGAUUGAAAUCGUAUUAGGUUGUGACAAGAGAUUUUAGUACUCUGGAUCUUCAUGGGGUUAACGAACUUAUCCUUUCGUGAGCUAACUCUGUGUCUGCUCAGAAGCAAUGAAUGGGAAAUGUGAACUAUUUUCUCUUGUAAUGCUCUUGCUUGAUUAAGAAUCAGUUUCCAACUAAUCUACAAGACUGCACUGUACCUUGUUGUUCUCCCUUUUAUUUCAAGAAAAAUUUCUAUCUCAAUCAUAGUUUGUGGAACGUUCCCAUCUUUAGAUGUAUAAUUGGGCUUAAUCAAUGAAUUGAUUGUUUCCUUGACAAGACCAUGAAUUUAAUUUGACAGCUAUUGAUGCUGGAUUUGGUCCA